ACAGAUUCUCUCCAGCUUCUCGCGACGUCACCACUCUGAUCCAACAAACAGAUGCAGUCGUCGGAAAAGGUCCUGCAAUUUGCACCGUUUCGGUCUUUUGUGGACUCCUCUUUCUUCCAGGUGCUGUCCGACAAGAAGCUAACAGACUUCAAACUCGACACCUCCGAGCGCCCUAUCUCCGCACUAUACUCCAUCCCUGUCUCUUCCGCUGCAAACAGUAGCGGUAUUAUAACUUUGAGCGGUAGUGGUUUUGAUAGCGUAACUCCCGGACCUAACGAAUGUCUUGCACCUGGUUUAAUCCGAAACUUGAAUACCAGCGAGGAGUUCAAGUCUCUUGACAAAUCCGUUCUGAUACAGGAGCAAGGAGAAAAGCUCUGGUCAUCGAUACUAAACGGCGAAGUCGCGGCCAAUCCUUCAUUACUAUCCUCAUUCUAUCUUCUCUGCUUCUCCGACCUCAAAAAAUACAAAUUCUACUACUGGUUCGCAUUCCCUGCUCUUCACAGCGACUGGUCUUUCGCAGACGACGAAUCCACUCCCAUAACCAGCGCCUUUGUAAAGACACUCGACAGCUGGCGAAGCUCAGUUCCUGAUCCACAGAACGGGUUUUUCCUUAUCAAAGAAGGUGUUCCUGAUUCAGGCCCAACAUUCGGAACUCUAGGAGAAUGGGAAGACUUCUUUGGAGGUUAUACCACAGAUGACGAGAUUACAGUAGGCUUUGCCGACCCAUCUUCCUUCCCCCAGAGCCCAGGCUGGCCUUUACGAAAUUUCCUGACGUACAUAGCCAGCAAGGGCUGCAAACGGGUGAAAGUGUUUUGCUACCGAGACCUACCAUCUCUCUCAUCUCAAACUCGCAGCAUCUGGAUGAGCUUUGAGUAUCGUGGCGAGUUCAACAAAGCCGAAACACCUCGCGUCAGCGGAUGGGAGCGAAGCGUUCAAAAUAAACUCGUGCCAAAAAGUGCUGAUCUGUCUUCUCUUUUGAAUCCGCUAAGAUUGGCAGACCAAGCCGUCGACUUGAAUCUUCAGCUGAUGCGAUGGAGAAUAGCGCCGACUCUGGACAUUGAUAAGGUCAAGAACAGUAAAUGCUUGCUUCUAGGUGCAGGCACUUUAGGAAGCUAUGUAGCUCGGUCGCUGAUGGGAUGGGGAGUUCGCAAAAUCUCAUUCGUGGACAACUCAACGGUUUCUUAUUCUAAUCCAGUCCGCCAAGCUCUAUACACCUUUGAGGACUCUCAAAAUAACGCACCAAAAGCCAGUACGGCUGCUAGUGCUCUACAACAGAUCUACCCCGGUGUCGACAGCUCUGGCUACAAUCUUUCAGUGCCAAUGGCCGGCCAUCCUAUCACCAACGAAGAAAAGCAGAACGCAGAAUACACAAAGCUUGUUGAGCUGAUUUCCUCACACGACGCUGUAUUUCUACUAAUGGAUAGCAGAGAAGCGCGCUGGCUCCCGAGCGUCAUCGGCGCAGCUCUGGGGAAGAUUGUCAUAAACGCUGCUCUAGGCUUCGAUAGUUAUGUGGUUAUGCGACACGGUGUUCCGUCAUCUACAAAUCGCCUUGGAUGCUACUUUUGCAACGAUAUCUUUGCUCCCUCCGACAGUCUCACAGACCGGACACUCGACCAGAUGUGCACGGUGACUCGGCCCGGAAUCGCGCUGAUCGCAGCUGGUCUAGCAACCGAGCUCUUCGUCUCAAUAGUGCAGCAUCCCCUCGGCCCUGCCGCCCCAACUUCUCAAUCUACAGAAACCAACGACGCAACCGCUGUCCCUGCUGACGACGACUUCGACCAUCCGUUGGGCGAGAUACCUCACCAGAUCCGAGGCUUUCUCCGCCGCUUUCAGCAAAUGAACAUCAUGGGCGUAAACUACGAGCAUUGCUCGGCCUGCUCUGAGCCAAUUGUCAAUCUUUGGAAAAGUGAGGGAUGGGAGUUUGUCAAGAAAGCAUUGAAUGUUCGUGGUUAUGUGGAUGAGGUUAGUGGUUUAGCUGAGGUGCGAAAGCGGGCAGACGAGCUAGUGAAUGACGACGAUUGGGGUAUCGAUGAUGAUUCUGAGGAGGAUAUGUAAGAAGUCGCGAUGUAAUUUGACUACGAUUACUAGUAAUUUAUAAAACUGUGAUCCUGUUAUGCGUAAUGAGAC